UAAUCGAUUUUUCAUUCGCGAAACGUCAAACACCCAAGCAGCGCAAACAUAUUUUGCUCGUCCGCAAGUGAAAAUAUUUACAAAUUGUGAUCCUUAUGCUUCCGUGGCUGUGUGUUACAAUCCCUUUCAUGUAAACGCCAACAGAUUGAGUCUCUUUUCACGGAAAAAGAGUACUGAAAUACUUCACCAUUCCAAAUGAAAUUCCUAAUGGAAGAAUGGUCAUCGUCUUUGCGAAGGGAAGUUUAGGAAUCACUGUGUAGACGGAAUCAAAUCAGCGACCGAAGCAAUCAUUCUUGCAUCACUGCUGAUUUUCUGCAUCGCUGGAAACUUAUUUUUUCCGCUAUCCACGGCUGGGUGAAUUUCAUAUCGAAAGUGAAGAAAGUGUGUUUUUCAUCCGUACAUUGUGUAUUUUUUGGAUUCCAAUUCGAAUCGGCACCUGCUGUUGUAGGAUCUACCAGCCAGUGGAAAUUGGUCGCGGGGGCGUAUUUCUCCUUCCACGAAUCGGAAGGCGGAAGAACGCAACAAAAACGAAAACGAAAGGUCCGUAGCAACUAAACAUACCGCAGUGAGGAAGGGAUGGCGAUGUCAAAAGGAUUUCGGGUGCUCGAGAAAUCAAAGCCACCAUCACCGCACAGUAUUUUGCUAGAGCAUCGAAACAAAUCAGAAACACUACUUUUCGAAUCGCAAGCCGUUGCAGCAUUAUCCGCUCAGGAAACAGAAAUCGUUCGGAAGCAGUAUACCAAAGUGCUGGACGCGUAUGGCUGUCUUGGCGUGCUCCAGCUUAACGCUGGUGACAGCUCCCUGCUAUAUUUGGUCAUGGUUACGGGCUGUUUCUCCGUUGGCAAAAUACUCGACAGUGAGAUCUUUCGUAUCACCCAGACACAAUUUGUUUCGCUGCAAUAUCAGCCCACGAGCGAGGAUCGCAUCUCCGAAAUCAGAAAAGUCCUGAACUCGGGAACAUUUUAUUUCUCGUUCGCAAAUGCAACCAAUAACGCGCAACAGGCGGCCAGCGGUGGAUUUUCCUUCGACAUUACACUGUCCGCUCAGCGAAGGAGGAGGGCUGUGGAGACGGAUAAUCGGUUUUUCUGGAAUCGGAUGUUGUUUAUCCACAUGUUGCGAUUCGGGGUGGAGUGCAAUUUCUGGCUGUUGAAAGCUAUGUGUGGUUCCGUAGAGAUAAGGACUGUGUACGCGGGAAGCAAACAAGCCAGAGCAGCCAUUGUUUCACGGCUAAGCUGUGAACGGGCAGGAACACGAUUCAACGUUAGAGGCACCAAUGAUGAAGGGUGCGUUGCAAACUUCGUUGAAACUGAACAAUGUAUUUACCUAGAUAAUGAGGUAUCAUCAUACAUACAAACUCGAGGAAGUGUCCCACUUUUCUGGGAGCAGCCGGGUGUCCAGGUUGGGUCACACAAGGUUAAAUUGUCCCGUGGGUUCGAAGCGUCAAAAUCUGCUUUCGACAAACAUAUGACCACCAUGAAGGCACGAUAUGGCAAACAAGCAAUAAUAAACCUCCUUGGCACAAGCCUUAUCGGCAGCAAGGAGGGUGAAGCAAUGCUGAGUAACGAAUUCCAGCGACACCAUAAAGAGUCGAACCACACGGAUGUGCCACACUUGGUGUUCGAUUAUCAUCAGGAAUGUCGUGGCGGUAACACGAGUGCACUCUCGAAACUCAAAGCCAAAAUCGAUGCAAUGUGUUCCGAUUUCGGUUUGUUUCACGCCAUCUCGGACAGUGUUUUCCGGGAACAGAAGGGAGCAAUCCGAACAAACUGUCUGGAUUGUUUGGAUCGUACGAACUGCGUGCAGACCUACAUUGGACUGGAGAUUCUUAAUGAGCAAAUUUCUCAAAUAGCUGCACUGUCAGACAAAAAGCAACAAAUAAGCUCCAGGUUCGAGGAAGUUUUUCGUCAGAUGUGGAUCAAUAAUGGCAACGAGGUGAGCAAAAUUUACGCCGGAACUGGCGCUAUACAGGGAGGAUCAAAGCUCAUGGAUGGAGCGCGAUCAGCGGCGAGAACCAUUCAGAACAAUUUACUCGAUAACUCGAAACAGGAAGCGAUCGAUGUGCUUUUGGUCGGAUCAACACUCAGUUCGGAGCUGGCCGAUCGGGCGCGAAUAUUGCUACCCUCGAAUAUGCUACAUGCGCCAACACCUGUCCUUCGUGAAUUAUGUCGUCGAUACGAGGAGUUCGUGAGCCCCAUGGACAUUCGAAUUGCUUGUGGUACAUACAACGUUAAUGGAGGUAAGCAUUUCCGCAGUGUUGCUUACAAAGAUGUAUCACUCUCGGAUUGGUUGCUGGAUUGUCACCGUUUGGGUCGAUCAAGAUCUCUUGUUGAUGUAAGCCACCAGGAGGGUGCCCAAGAACCUCCAAUCGAUAUUUUCGCUAUUGGUUUCCAGGAAAUUGUCGAUCUGAAUGCAUCAAAUAUUGUGGCCGCUAGUUCCGACAACGCGAAAGCAUGGGCCGAAGAGCUACAGAAGGUGAUAAGUCGCGAUGAAGAGUAUGUUCUACUUACCUAUCAACAGUUGGUUGGCGUAUGUUUGUACAUUUACAUUCGACCCCAACACGCACAACACAUUCGAGAUGUGGCAAUUGAUUGUGUCAAAACUGGUUUGGGUGGAGCCACCGGAAACAAGGGCGCAGCUGCAAUUCGUUUCGUCAUCAACGGAACCUCGAUAUGCUUCGUUUGUGCGCAUUUUGCUGCCGGACAGUCACAGGUUGCGGAGCGGAACGCAGAUUACGCUGAAAUCACUCGAAAAAUUGCGUUCCCUAUGGGACGCUCGCUGAAGUCUCAUGAUUACAUUUUUUGGUGUGGUGACUUCAACUAUCGCAUCGACAUGGAAAAGGAUGAACUCAAAGAACUGCUGAAGCAGAAUGAUAUCGGUUCGGUGUUACAAUACGAUCAAUUGAGAAUUCAGCAAAACACAGGGAGUGUAUUCAAUGAUUUCUUGGAGGGAGAAAUAUCAUUCCCUCCUACGUAUAAAUAUGACCUGUUUAGUGAUGAUUACGACACAAGUGAAAAGUGUCGUGCUCCCGCCUGGACGGACCGAGUGCUAUGGCGACGACGGAAGCAAAGUCCUGAUGCAGACAAACAUGCAAGCUGGAAUCCUGGAAGAUUGGUUCAUUAUGGACGAGCAGAGUUGAAGCAAAGUGAUCACCGACCGGUGAUUGCGAUAAUUGACAUAGAAAUUUUUAAUAUCGACCAGCAACGAAGAUCGCAAGUGUUUAGCGAUGUGAUAAGGGAUUUGGGACCCCCGGACGGAACUAUACUGAUUCAAGCAACGAACACAGCUAACAAUGCCGAUUCGGGAGAAGAAGACGAAGGAAGUAUUUACGAUGAGAACCUCAUGAGUGCACUGAUCCAAGAACUUACCCAAAUUGGCGAAGUGACAUUGGUUCGAUUCGUCGGUGAUACAAUGUGGGUUACAUUCCGUGAUGGGCAAUCCGCUCUGACUGCCGCCCAGAAACAGUUCGUUCAAGUCUGUGGCGUUAAUUUGGCAAUCAAGUUGAAAACCGAACAAUGGAUCCAGCGAGUGGAGAAGGAAAUUCUUCUCUGCACACCAAAUACUGUAAGUUUCUGUGACAGCCAAAUGGCUGAUUAUAACAGCCUAGGCAUUCCAAAAGUUCCUUCACGUCCAAAGAGUCCCCCAUCACAGCAACAGCCUCCUUCACGACCUGCUCCUCCUGGUCGGCCGCCGUUACCGAAAUCUCCACAAGCUUCACCAAAACAUCAACCACAACAACAGCAGCAGCAUCACCAUCAUCACCCAAAGGCUGGCGUCAUUAGCCUUGGGGCCGAAGUGCUGAUGGCUUCAAAAUUGCAACAAAAAUCAGCUGUUCCUCCAGCGCCGCUAAUACCGUCUCCUGCUAAAUCUAAAGCAACGAUCGAAGAAUAUGCCAGCUCUAGUCCAGCACUUGGUUCGCCGGCACAUGGACAACCACCUGCCGGCAAUGUUAUGCCUCAGGAUACAGGUGCAAUUUACGAAGAAAUCAACGAUGAUGUUGCCAUCCCCGAGCCACGAGGACCACCGCCACCUCCUCCUCGUUGUGAUGUGUACGAUCUAGACGUGAUAAGCAGCAACAAAACCAACAAAUCAUCUCCUCCUGGCACUUCGAGCAGCUCUGGUGCUGGAUCACCGCAAUGUUCUAUGCCUGCCGCCAGCGGCAUGCCAUCUCAAAUGACACCCAUGGUACCGAAGACCAAUCCGCCUCCGCUGCCCGUGAGACGUGGCGCACCUCCUCCGAUACCAAAUCGAAGUGGUGGAGCUCCUCCAUUGCCAGCUAGACCCAAUAAUCAAUAAACAGCGAACUCUAAGUAUUUUUUGUUCCGAACAAUGUCUAUCCACAAACCAACACACACACACACACAAUGAAAAAGUUUAUCAUUACUGAUAUAAAUAUGGAAAUGGAAAUUCACGAUCACAGAUCUAUCAAAUAUUGAAAUAGGAAAUUGACUUAUCACCGGGAAAAAAGCAAAUCAUCAGAAAUUUAAUAUUAUUUAGGAAUUACUGCAAGCUGAGUGUUUUACGUAUUAAGUAUAUAGUCACAAGUAGAAGAACUCGGCAAAUACAUUCCAAUUAUUAUUGGCGUUAGUUUUUUUUACAAAAUCUAAGGCGGCUGCAUGUGUAUAUUUCUAUUUAUUUAAAUUAUAAACACUCCAAUAAUUUUACAUGGUAUAUCUAAUUCUAGCGGAACAUCAGUUCCUUAUUAGUUAAUAUUGUCAAUCAUCGUGAGAAAAAUAAUCAUCAAUCAGGAUUAGAUCUGUACAGAGCAAGUAUACACUGUUAUGACUUCAUUAAGCAGUUAUUGUUAUCGCAGUUUUCCGUUACUAGUGAAAUGUGAUAACACAAUUAUAUCGAUUAUGAGACAAUUAUACAAUAGCUCUUACCGCGUAAGCCAUGUUUUAUUGAAUUACUGCUCGUGUAAUGAAAAAAUAACAGUUAAUAGAAAAACAAAUAUUUCAAUGAGGUAAAAUAAACGUAGAAAAUUC